UUUCGUAGUCAGUUGACGUUUCGAUGCCCUCCAGACGCCCUUUCAGAGCUCCUAUCCUCGUCCACUCACGCAGCCAAUCACCGCGCCCCAUCGCGCGACGCGUCCCUCUGCCCCACCACACGCGUCUCUACUGACCCUCACCGCCUGCCCCAAAACCUCCUCCUCGCGCAGAACCAACAAUGUCCGCCCAGACCCCCGCACCCACCCACGAGCCGCCCUCCCUCCCCUCCUCUCCCCUCCCAAAACGCACAAAAGUAAUCGAACCCUCCUCCCUCAAUCAGCCCUCCACGCUGCCCCGCGCCUCCGACUCGGGCACCUCCACCCCCACACCCCUCGCCAUGUCGCUCCAGCCGCCCGCCCCAAUCGCACCCAGCAUCGCCGCUGCCGCUGCCGCCGAACAAGCACUCCAGGUCCAGCUCCUCAGCGACAAGGCGCGCGCACCGACCAAGGGCAGUGCUUUUGCGGCGGGACAUGAUCUGUACAGUGCGAGGGACGUUGUGAUUCCCGCGCGGGGACGGGCGAGGGUGGACACGGAUAUCUCGAUUGCGGUGCCGGCUGGAACAUACGGACGCGUAGCUCCGCGCUCUGGACUCGCGGCCAAGCACGGCAUUGACACCAUGGCGGGCGUUAUUGAUGCGGACUACCGUGGUCAAGUUGGUGUUAUAUUGGCCAACUUAAGCGAGACAGACUUUGAGAUCAAGGUUGGGGAUCGGAUUGCGCAGUUGAUCGUUGAGAAGAUCGUUAUGCCUGAGGUUGUCGUCGUGGACAAGCUUGAGGAGAGCGUGCGAGGCGCCGGAGGUUUCGGCAGCACAGGCGGAUUCGGAGGCGCGGCUCCCGCGUCUGCGGCUUGAGUUCGUCCAUGAGUUAUGAGACACGAUUACAGCGACGUAUUGGACACAUGGAAAGGUCGAUGGCAGCCAGAGGAGCCCGUUGUGAGCAUAGCGUCGUCCC